GAUUCAGAUUUCCUGCAAAGUUGAAUUGAACAGUACUCGAGUCAUUCGUACCUAUCGAACUUUUUUCAUUUCGUGAGCUUUUUUUCGAAUGUAUGGCGGUGACUGUGCGUUGUGUUUGAAGAAGCGAUAGGAUUGAUGGGAAUGCGAAGUUUCAUUCGCCAAAAAAGUGCUGACAAAGGUCUACCGGACCCGAUACUUGUUUUCUGAGCCCAAGAAAGAAGAGGAAUCCUAAAGAAUGACGACGAGAGCGAAAUUUUUUGCCAUAUUCCUCGCGAACAUGGCAAUUUUAAGUGCGUUCGGCCGUCCGGCGGAAACGGAGGUGGACGGUAAGGCGGAUGAUGAUCUGGUACCGGUUACUUUGGAGGAUAUUUACUCCGGAUAUUAUUCUGCCAGCGGUUUUAACGGCUCGUGGAUAUCGUCAAACGAAAUUAUGUACAGAGACGGGGCUACCCGAGAUAUCCACAAGUUCAACGUGGAAACGCUCGAAUCUUCGUACUUCCUCAACGCAACGGUUCUGAGCGCCUGGAAUGGUACGUCGUAUUCAAUUUCUGCAGACGGCAAUUAUGUCCUUAUAGGUCAUUCAUCUAUUUCGGGAUUCAGACACUCGGUAUGGACAAAGUACGUCGUCUACGAUAUCGCGGAGGGGACUUAUUUCGAGAUUGCCGGUGGUGAAAAUCUUCCUCUAGCCACGUGGGCACCGGUGGGAAAUGGUUUGGCUUAUGUCCUCGACAAUGACGUAUACUACGGACAGAUUUCUGAAACGGGGGUGACCGGGAGGCAACUGACAUUCGACGGCGAAAGCGGCGUCGUUUACAACGGUGUCCCCGACUGGGUCUACGAAGAGGAAGUUUUUGGCUCCGGAAGCGCUCUGUGGUUUUCGCCGGACGGUAUGCGGAUGGUUAUCGCUUCUUUUAAUGAUAAGAAUGUCUCGGAAACUUUAUACUAUCACUACGGAGAGCCUGGAGAUCUGGAUUACCAGUAUCCUCAACAAGUUUCCAUCAAAUACCCAAAGGCGGGAACUACAAAUCCAAUCGUGAAACUGAGCCUCGUCGAUCUCGCCGCCACCGACUCGCUUUCCUGGAUGGAUUUGCCCGCCCCAGAAGACGUCGUUGGCGAGGACCACGUUAUCUACACCGUUAGUUGGUUGUCGAACUACGAAGUGGUUGCUACGUGGACGAAUCGUGUUCAGAAUGUUUCCCAGUCAGUUUUGUACAACUCCGCAACAGGGAUACCCUCGAAUAUCCUUGAAAUUCGAGAAAUUGCCGGUUGGGUUGAAGUUCCAACGCCGAUUUACCACAGCGCGAGUUCUUCUCUACUCCUCUUAAAGUCUCAGGAUUCCGGAACUUCCGACGGUGCUUUCGCGCAUCUCACCAGAUUCACCCGGAACGGUCUGGUCCUCGAAAAUGAAACUGACCUCAGCCCGGGACGACUCGCCGUCGUCUCGCUGAUCGGGAUCGACGACAUCAACCGGAGGAUCUACUUCCUCGCUACCGGCGACGGUCGACCGAGCGAAAGAAACUUAUACUACGUUCCGAUAAACGCCGAUGGUAGUGAAAGUCCAAUUUGCGUUUCGUGCAACUUCGAAACUCCGGAAAAAAAUACCUGCAAGUACGCAACGGCAAGUUUUUCCAAGGACAAAUCGUACUACGUGUUGACUUGCUCAGGUCCUGAUCCAGCUACAGUUAGAGUAUACAAUUCUACAGAUCACUCGCAAAUUUACUCUUGGCAAGAGAAUUUGGCUCUCAGAGAGAAAAUCAGUCUCGUGCUGAAACCCACCGUAAAAGACAUCACCGUUAAUAUCAACGGUUACGACGCUAGGGUCAGACUUCGUCUUCCCCCAAACCUCGACGAAAACGACACCAAAACCAAGUACCCCAUGCUCGUCGAAACGUACGCGGGACCCAACAGUUUGAGAAUUACGGAUAGCGGAAGUUACGGGUUUUACAAUUACAUGUCAACAAAUCGAAAGGUCAUUUGGGCACAUAUCGACGGCAGAGGAAGUGCUUACAAGGGGAACAAAAUGCUAUUCGAAAUUUACAGGAAAUUAGGAACCGUCGAAAUCCAGGACCAGAUCGAUGUGACUAGACGUUUGCAAGAAACUUACGGAUGGAUCGACGCUGAUAGAACGGCAAUAUGGGGUUGGAGUUACGGUGGUUUUGCUUCUACGAUGGUAUUAGCGACAGAUCACGACUCCGUCUUCAAAUGCGGAAUCUCCGUCGCGCCAGUAACGUCUUGGAUAUAUUACGAUUCGAUCUACACGGAACGUUACAUGGGAUUACCGGAGGAGUUUGAUAAUCUGGAAGGUUACGUGGCGAGCAACGCUACUGGACUCGUAGAGGGUAUAAGGGGUAAAAGGUACAUGUUAAUUCACGGUACGGGAGAUGACAACGUUCACUAUCAGCAAUCCAUGGCGUUGGGUCGCGCCUUGGCCGCCGCUGACAUCGAAUUCGAACAAGUAUCUUACACCGACCAGGCUCACAGUCUGAGCGACGUCUCGCCGCACCUCUAUCACACCAUGGAUAAAUUCUGGGGCAAAUGCCUCCAACUUGAAAGCAUUUAUUGAUCGAUCGAUUGAAUUCGUACGCGUAGGAAUCGAUCGAAUCAUUUUUUCGUUGUCACGAAUCUCCUGCGCUGUCGUCCUGCCUGCAAAAAUCCUCACCACUUAAAAAAAACUGAUGUCAAUUCCUGAUCAGAGUUUCAAAGCUGACAUCGAGCUUUUCGUAGAUUAUUGGUUGAUUAAAAAGGGAUGCAAACGAC